AUGUCAGCAAACAACGAAACCGGAAUAAAUCAACUUUCCACUUCAACUAUUACUACCGCUAUUCAUCAACCUUCAGAACAGUCACAACCACAUCCAUCGGUUAAACCAUGUUGUGCAUGCCCGGAUACCAAAAAAGCUCGUGACGAAUGCAUAUUUCAAACUGGAGACGAAGAAAAAUGCCGAAAUUUGAUUGAAGCUCAUAAAACUUGUAUGCGUAGUUACGGAAAGGUAGAAAUCCUUAAUAAAUAUUCCGAUGUUAAUUGA